UGUGUGCUACGGACGCGGCGCGGGGAGGAAGAGCCGGUCUAACGCCACCGACCGUCGGCUUCCUCCAGCUCCGAGGUCCGGGACAGGGGCGCUGCGGGCCGGGACAUGAGCCUUAGUGCGGAUUCCAGCGUCUCCUCCACCGGGUCUUCGGGUGCGCGCUGUCACCUCUCUGGAAAGGUGUACGGGAGCCAGGAGGCGGGACCAAAGCUGCCACCACUCUUCAACAUGGGUCCUAGUGCUUUCAUACCGGAGCACGAGAUCAUGGAGGCCUCGCCCGCGGAUGUGCCGUGUGGAGGUUUGGAUCACCUGAUGCAGGUGAUGGGCCUGCACCCUCACUACCUGCAGGCCUUUCUGAGGAGUCAGUUCUACCUGCUGCAGGUGGACGGUCCCCUGCCGCUGCACUGGCGCCACUACAUCGCCAUCAUGGCUGCAGCACGUCACCGCUGCUCGUUCCUGGUCAAGAUGCAUGUGCAGGAGUUCUACCGGAUGGGUGUGUGUGUGGACUGGCUCAAGGGGUUGCGUUAUGCUCCCCAGAGGCUGAGGAACCUCAACGACAUCAACAAGAUCCUGGCGCACCGACCUUGGCUAAUCACCAAGGACCACAUACAGAGUCUGGUGAAGGCCGGAGAGAACAGCUGGUCGCUGGCCGAGCUGGUACACGCCGUGGUCCUCCUUGCCCACUUUCACGCCCUGGCCAGCUUCGUCUUUGGUAGUGGUAUCAACACCCACGCCAAGGACAAGCACGAGGACGAGGUCUCUGGGGAGGAUGACUACUGUGGGUGCAAUGACCGCAGUUUGGACCCUGAGAUGAGCUUGGAUAACACCGGCCCUUGGGCCACGGACUCGCUCGGUGAGCUGGAGGCCCUCAUGGAGAGGAUGAAGAAGCUGCAGGAGGAAGAUGAGGAAGAGGAGGCCUCGCAGGAGGAGAUGGCGACGCGCUUUGAGAAGGAGAAGAAUGAGAGCCUCCUAGUGGGAUGCGGAGAAGGUUUCCAGGAGGAGGUGGGGUCGAUGUCCAUCAUUGCCCGCUUUGUGGAGGAUGCCACCUUUGGGUAUCAGAGCUUUACCAGGCAUGACCCCCCAACCUUCCGCGCCCAGGACUACUCUUGGGAAGAUCACGGAUUCUCUCUGGUGAAUCGGCUCUACUCGGACAUCGGGCUGCUGCUGGACGAGAAAUUCCGCACCGUGUACAACCUGACCUACUACAGCAUGGCGAACCAUGAGCAUGUGGACACGAGCACUCUGCGCCGGGCGCUCUUCAACUACGUCCAUUGCAUGUAUGGUAUCAGGUACGACGACUAUGAUUACGGGCAGGUGAACCAGCUGCUGGAGCACAACCUGAAGCUUUUUAUCAAGACGGUGACCUGCUACCCGGAGCGUACCACUCGCAGCUUGUAUGACGGCUACUGGAGACAGUUCCACCACUCGGAGAAGGUCCAUGUGACUCUACUGCUCAUGGAGGCACGCAUGCAAGCAGAGCUUCUCUACGCACUCCGCGCCAUCACCUCCUUCAUGACCUGACGCAUCAGCUGUGAGACGGGCUCCUCGACCACCACUGACUACCACGAACCGCAGCGGAACGUCCCAGAUGGAGACGUUCAUCCAAUCCAGCAGAAGCCAUACUGUGAUCUGUAUGCACAGAACAAAAUAUGAUUUGCAUCAAAGUGUAAAAUCCCAGUUUCGUGAGGAGCUUCUCACCAGUUGGGGAAAGCCUAAAGAGCGCUUUACCAUGCAUCCUAUCUCAACACAAUUCCUCAUACAAGUUUCUCCUGUGACUGCUCUGCACAUGAAGUUUAACUCCUGCAGUUACCAGACCCUCCAGAAUGAAAUACUCCUGUUACCGUGGGGUUGUGUUCUGACUCCCUCUAGCACCAUCCCACUGUGUGCGGGAUGUAGCUGGGAGAUACUGUCUUUCCCACUUGGAAACUAGAAACGCUUUUCAGUGACGUUUGUUUCUUAUCUUUGCACUUAUUACAGUCUUUUCCCUGAACACAAAUAUUUGUAUCAAAAUAUUUAAAAGGAAAAAAAUGUUCUUUGAAAGAAUGCACAGACCUCACAGUUUUAGCAUUGAAAGUUAUAUGCACUGGCUCGUCGAGUUAUGAAUGGUAGAUUUAUGAAUUUUAGGAAAUGCAUUUUCUGUUUUAGAAAAUUAGUUUUUUCUUGUGGUGAGCACAAAUUGUGUUUACCGCCCGAGCCGAUUUUAGUCAAGAGCACCAAAACUGAACAAGAGUAUGGGACUACCUUUAUUGAAGGUCACUUCCACAGUGUUUACUGCUUGUGUCAGUGGUCAAUAACAAGACAAAGAAUUCUGCACAAGUUUACAGGAUGAACUGAUCAACAGUCACAGCUGAAUAGAAUUUGAGGAGGCACCUUUAUUCAUUUAAAACUAGUUGAAGCAUCUAUUACUCUUUCUUCUGUAGUACUUAAGUCUUAAUUUGAGUUGAUCAAAAGUUGGCCCUGAAUAGGAGUUUGGGGGGAUUAAAUUUAUUUUCUAGUUUUUUCUGAGUUUUUUUUUUUUUUUUUUUUUUUUUUUUUGUUUUUUAACAGAACCUAAACUGUGAAUAAAUUUAGUUUCAGCAUUAUUGCACUUUUGUUUAUUGUGCCUUAACGGUAAAUGUGACUUUUGAGAUACAGACGACGCAAGUUGCGAACUUCUGGUCCCAGAUGUGUUUGUAAGGUGAAGAGCCCGUGCAUAUAAUUUUUAUGCCCUUGUUCUGCUGUCAGUCCACUCGUUCCCCCAGUCUGUCACGGGGACAAUGGUGCAGAUCAUAGAUCUCCCAGAGGACCACUGAGGGCCUUCACAUAAAAGAGUAAGACCUCAGACUUGGUCGCUAUGUGGAGUCCUGACAUGGGUCUGAGGCAUGAGCGUUCUGAAAUGAGGAAGUAGGGAUUUCCCAGCAUUCUUAGCCCUUGUGGGCUAUUUCUAUGUGCAAUAUCCAACUCCCUCCUGUCUGGUUACAGCUGAAGGGGGAAAGGAGCAUAAACCACAUGAAGCUCAGAACUGCAGAUACGAAGCUAUUUUCUUUCUAAACCAGGAUUUAUUUCCCAACAAACAGCAUGAACCUGCUUGUUGCAAGACUUCAGUUUAACCACGUUAAAGGGAGAUUCCCCUCCUCGUCUGUUUACUGGUGGUGCAAACAUGAACAGCCGCAGACUCUCAGUGCAGCGUUGAUCAUGUUGUUAUGUUUGUCUGCAAUUUUGUUAAAUAACAUGCCUCUGAUUCCGCAACCCUGGAUCAGAGGUCACAUUUGAAACAGAAUGUGAAUCGAAUGGACUUGAUGUGAGAAAUGUUGGCUGAUGUCACUGAUGUAAUGAAUGUAAAAGUAUUUCCUGAAGAGUAAA